CCCCUCAAUACAGCCGCCAGUUGUUUUCCUCUCCAUCGUCGACGUUUUCCCCUCAUGCCAACUAAAUGCUCUUGGUCCGAUCGUAAAACUUGACACGCUUGGAAUCUGCCUCGGGAAUCAAUCGUCUUCAAGUUCCCACUUUCUCACGUUACCCGAUGCUGCUGCUGCUGCUGCUGCAGUUGAUUAAGCUGUUUUGACCACAUUGGUUUGCAACGUCGCUUUCACAACCGCUGUUGGGUUGGGCUUGCCUCCGGUAAUUUGCUUCGCAUCCCGACAGUGUGAGUAUAGUUACCUUUUCCGGUUGGGAGAGCGGAGGUUGAAGUUUUGGAGUUAAGCUGGUUCGCGGAAGAGGCAACCGGGUCUGAAGUAGUGGGUGGUGCCGGAGCAAUCGUACUUAGCGGAAAGGAGUUAUGAGAGCACAGACACGUGCUAUUGCUUUUCUUUGAGGUUGGGCUCGUUCGUCUAGCGAUUCAGCGCAGAGCAAUUCACGCAGUAGCCGCUGUGAGUUGGGGAGUGUCGAGGAUAAUUUCCGCGAUGAGUCACGUCGUGGCUGUAGCGGCUCUGUUUCUCGUUUCACAUUGCCUGUUAGGAGUUGGGGGAGUGGGAGUGCCGAUGCAAGAUCUAAGCCUUGACAGAUCUCAUGGACGGCGGCUAGCAACCCAGCAGUGGUGUAUAGCCAAGCCCAACCUGCAAGACGCCAACUACCAAGGCGCCUUGGACUGGGCAUGUGGACCGCUUUCCGGACAAGGACAAGUGAAUUGCGGGCCUAUUCAACCAGGGCAAAGCUGUUAUCUACCCAAUACAUAUCAAAGCCAUGCUAGUUGGGCUUUCAACGCGUACUACCAAACUCACGGCCAAACAGCUCAAGCGUGUGACUUCCAGGGCACAGCCGUCAUCUCCACCACUGACCCCAGUACAUCGACCUGUCCAUACACGGCAUCAAAUGGGACAACAAGUGCUGGAAUUAAUUCGACGAGUGGGGCCGUGAGCGACUACUCGACGCACACAAGAUCCCUCCCAUUUAUCUCAGCAUUGGUUUCUGUGAUUUCAUUCUUCAUCGCAACUUAAAAGGUUCGUGCUGGGAGCCUGUGGAGGCGUGCCUGUAUUUUCGGUAUCUACAGAGCUUCACUGAUUCUCAUGGUUUCCCUUUAAAACCAUACACCCAAUCUCGAAGCCUUCCUAUUAAGUUUGAACAGCAAUUUUGAUGUAUGUGGGGAUUUUGAGUCGAAGGAGUAGAGGCUGAUUCUAGUGGCACAUGAAGAAUCUAUAACUUGUCCAAGCAACUACAUGUUUGAGGGCAGAACUCUCCGAAACCCAUUAUGCUAGAGCAGAGGGAAGAAAGCACGUGGAUAUUCGUAGCAUCCUGAUGUAUUCAACACAUUUAUGUAUGUGCCACUAAGUUCGAAAUUCAAACAAGUAUUUCGCCCUAA